GCCGUCGGACCCCAGAGCCGGCACUAUGGGGGGCUCCGCCUCCAGCCAGCUGGACGAGGGCAGAUGCGCCUACAUCCGAGGCAAGACCGAGGCGGCCGUGCGGAACUUCAGCCCCUUCUACCGCCGCCAGUUCGCGGCCGCCUUCUGCGGGCACGUGUGCAGCCAGGUGCAGCCGCAGCAGGACGCCCCCUCCCAGCUGCUGAAGACCAAGCCCCCCCUGGAGCCCGGGACGGUUUUGUUUGAGGCCGAGUUAACCCAGUUUGCCGACGACAUCAAGAAGUGGAAGGAGAGAUACGUGGUCAUCAAGAAUGACUUCGCCGUGGAGAGCUACGAGAGCAAAGAGGCCUUCCAGAGAGGGGCCGCCCCCCGGAGCCGCCUCCUGCCUGCCAAUGGCCGUGUGCUCACCUCAGAGGCCGAGUACAACUCACUGUCGGACCAGCACUUCCCGGACCCCUCGGCGGGCAGUGAGAGGGACACAGCGCCCCCGGCUGCGCUGCCCACGGCCUUCCCAGUCUUCCUGUGGCUGCCUUUCGUCCGGCCCGGCUGCUUCUGCUGCCUGGACGCCGCCCAGCAGCGGGCCUUCAUAGCCGUCCUGGGGGACUGUGUCCGCCACCUGAACCAGGACUACGUGAAGCAGAGAACAUUCGAGUCGCGGGCGUUUCUGGAGGCGGUGCAGUUCUUCCAGCAGGAAAAGGGCCACUACGACUCGUGGGAAAUGAACGCGGGGGAUGAGGUCCAGAUCCUGAGCGGGCUGGUGAUGGAGGAGCUGCUGCCCACGCUGCAGGCCGACAUACUGCCCCGGAUGAAGGGGAAGAAGCAGGACCGGAAGCGAGCUUGGCUCGGGCUGCUGGAGGAGGCGUCGGGGCUGGUGGGCCGGCAGGUGGCCGAGGCGCUGGACGCCCUGAAGGAGGAGUGUCGGGCCCAGGCCGAGCCACUGGAGGGCGCCCUGCGGGCCGACGCCGACCAGAUCUUGGCCUCCAAGAGCUUCCUCAGCGGGAAGAUCAAAGGGACAGUGUUGCCGCGGGCGGAGCCGCUGCUGGCCGAGAGCGUGCGGCCCUUCCUGGCCUCGCUGCUGGACGAGCUCAUGGGCCCCGUGACCUGCGGCUUCGGCGCCCUCCGGGGCCUGCUGGAGGACCGGGUGGACGCGCUGGGCCGCAGCGCCCGGGCCGGGGACGACGCGCAGCUGCGGGAGCGCCUGCAGCAGCUGGGGCGCCUCCCGCUGGACCCGCUGGCCAUGGAGCCCUGCUACGGCCACGCUGACCACCUGCGGGCGCGCGCGGCCGAGCUGCAGGGCCGCUUCCGCUUCGCCCACGCGCACCUGGUGGCCCAGCGAGCCCAGAGCCACAUGCAGGAGCUGAUGGGCAACGCCGUGCACACGUUCCAGGAGCUGCUGGCCCCUCACCUGCAGGGCGAGGCCCCCAAGACCGCAGCCGCCCUGGAGAAGGUCAAGCUCCGGGUCCUGAAGCAAUUCGACUACGACAGCAGCAGCAUCCGCAAGAGGCUGUGCCAGGGGGCUCUGGUGCAGGUGACGCUGCCCACCCUGCGGAGAGGCCUGGCAGCCGCCUGCAAGCCGGAGCUCCAGAACUUCGAGCAGUUCAUCUUCGCCGACCACACGGGCGUGAUCCACGUGGAGAACAUCUACGAGGAGAUUCUGCACGAGAUGCUGCAGGCCGAAGCCCUGAAAGUGAUCCAGGAAGCCGCCAGCCUGCAGAGACACAACCUGCUGGACGACGGCGCGGCCCUGCCCAGCGAGAGCAUGUCCAGCCUCGCCGACCUCGGGACCCCCUCGGGCUCGGGCCAGGCCAGCCCUGCCCGCGACCCCUCAGCCCUGCCGCCGGACGCGCCCGAGAGCAACGACGUCUUCCAGGGCCCCGAGGACACGCGGCCUGGGGAGGGCCCGACCCCCGCGGGACCCAGCCCCCCACGGGAGCAGGACGGGCCGGGGCCGGUUCCCCCCGGGGAGGAUCCUGGGACCCCAGUGGGGGCCGGACGGGGCAUGAGCACAGGCUCUGCGGAGUUGGAGUCGGGGGCCCCCCUGGGCCCCCCAGAGGCCUUGCCUGCCUCGGGCUCCCUGGCCGAGCUCCGGGACCUGCUGACGGUGACCGUUGAGCUCCCUGGAGCACCCGGCCCCCUCGAGGCUGAUGGAGACAGAGACCCGGGGGUCCCGGCAGAGGCAGCAGGGAGGGCGGCCCCCGACCCAGACCCCAGCCAGGGGCCAGCAGAGGCCGAGAAGCCCCCGGAGAGGGAGGCUCAGGGAAGCGUCCAGGCAGCCCCUCUCGUCCCUGGGGAGCCAGGAGAGGCUCAGGGCGGACCCCAGGGUGGGGACGGGGAGGAGAAGAGGGCGGGGGAGGGGCGCACGCCCCGCGUGUUCGAGUGUGAGUGGGUGGUGGAGCGCGCAGAGCAGCUGGAGCUCCAGGGCCCCCAGGAGGAGGGGCGCGGCCCCGGGCCAGCCUGGGAGUAG